AGUUCCGAGCGAUCGGCCAAAGCAGACGAGUCUCCUCACCGACGAGCAGACGCAGCGUUCUUGUCACAUUCAAGGGAUCUUUUGCCGUUUGAAAUGGCAGCUGUGCAAGACGAAUCAGAUCGCCGGCUUCUUUUUGUGACUGUUAGAUGUGACUCCGAGUCCUGCGUUCCUUCGGUCGUUGUUGGUGCCGACACCCGCACGGUACAUUUUGUGGCUCCCAAGCCCGGCAAGCUCGCCUUUGCGGUCGCGAACCUCGGCAUCUCUCCAGCGUGCUUCUUUACCCUACUCCGCGAGCACAACGGAGUGCUGCAUCGCGUUAACGAGAGCCGCCUGCUGCACCUGCAUAAGGAAGCAAAGAUCACUAGAGAUGCUUCGACGGACGGGGACAUGGUGGCACAUGCCGGUACGAAAACCUGGUUUACGAUGAAUCUGGCUCCGGUGGUCAAGAACUCACGAGAAUCAUCACUCAAUCUUAGUCACUGUACUUGGUAUGACAUAGGAGGUGACACGAAUAAGUUUUUUGUUAAGGUAGUCACUCUUACUGGCAAAGCACAGUUUGUUGAAGUAACGAAGUCAACGACAAUUGAUGAAAUGAAACGUAUAAUAAUGGAUCUGGAGGGUAUCCCUGUUGACCAACAAAGACUUGUAGUAGCUGGAAUACAGUGUGAAAAUGGCAAGACUGUUUCUGACUACCAUAUUACUAGAAGCUCCACAUUGUUUUUAAUUUUGAGGCUUAAAGGUGGAGGGGAGGCCGCCACCACACCUGAAGCUCAAUUUCAGGAUCUGACAAUCAGCAUCGAUGCAGCCAGCAGUUCCUCGCCGGUCAGCAGAACCCGGAUGGCUAUGCCACCCAGUCAGGAGAUCGCUGUGGCUGCAUUGACCCCUGGUGUCGAAGUUGAAAGUGAGCUGAGGCCCGUGUACGAAAAGGGCAGCCUAAGCCUUCGCUUUUGUGUUUCUGUAGAACCCAAUUGACUGCAGGACAAUCUUUGUCAAAUCACUGAACGGAAUCUCGCUCGCUUACCAGGGUUGCUCCAUAGCAGCGUCUGUUCUCUGUUCGCUCCUGUAUUUUGUGGUCAAAUACAUGCCGAUGAUAUUUUUUCAAA